AUGGCUUGGUGUGAUGACGAUGGAAAGAGAUCGACACAGGGUGGCGGUGUAGCGUUCUGUCACAAAGAGACGCUCAACGUCCAGGUGGUGGAGCCUCCCACACCAGUGCCCAGAGAACUUGAACUCAUCGCGCUGAAAAUAAUUGACGGUAACGGCAAAGGAUUAUUGUGUGUGGGUUGUUACCGGCCUCCAUGGCAGGGAUCAGUGCUGUUAGACUACCUCACUGAAAACCUUGACACCAUGUCGACAGCCAGUCAGUGUGAUAGUGUAGUGGUGUUGGGUGAUCUCAACCAGCACAUGGUCCAGGAGGCAUUCAACACCCUGCUGGUUGUGUACAACUUACACAACCACGUCACUUUCCCCACACACCGUUCGGGAUCUUCACUGGACCCCGUUGUGACGGAUCUCCCUCGCCACUCGAUACAGUGCUUUCCCUUAGACUUUGUUGGUACCUACGACCAUGUGGCAGUCCUCACCAGGAUCCAGUUCAGGAAACCGAGUGAGGAGAGCUCUACCCGCACUCUCUGGCGGUGGGAGGCGGCCAACUGGGAUGCUCUCAGGGUUGCUCUGAGAAAUACAGACUGGGGAGAAGUGCUACGUGGUGAUGUUAACCAGCAGGUCCAGCGACUCAGUGAGCUACUCCACGCCCUUCAGCUCAGCUGGGUGCCUCACUCCAACCACACCAACAAAGCAUCUGACCAGCCCUGGUUUGGCCCAGAGUGCCGUGCUGCCGCUGAGGCCAAGUACCGUGCCUGGCGUGCUUUAAAGAGGCAUCCCAAUGCCAGAACCAGGCAAAGGCACAGAGAGGCUACAGCACGCAUGACAGCCACUCAGGUGUGGGCCAGGGAUGAGUGGAAGGCGAACAUAAGGAGCAAAUUGAGAGGUAGUCAGACGGUAGUGUGGCUCAAGCUGCCAGAGACAAGGCGAACCUUCGCCGCAAAAAUGCACAUUCCUGAACCUGACAGAACGCCUCAGAUGCUGCCGCAGAUAGUGAGUGAAAAGCUCAUAAGUGUAGAAACCAGUGAAGCAGAAGUGAAAGUGCUACUCAGAGACCUGGAUGACAAGAAGGCAGUGGGAUCUGACAGCAUCAGCCCCCGCCUACUUCGACAGUGUGCUGAGGAGUUGGCGUGCCCUCUCGCCGCCAUCUUUAAUCAUAGUUUAAGGAGUAGCACAUGGCCUGCCUUGUGGAAAGUGAGUAGUGUGGUGCCGCUUCACAAGAAAACUCAAAACCGAAACUAA